AUGCUUGUCAUCAUCAAGGCAGGCGGUGUCUGUGUUGCUCUGGAUCCUUCGCACCCUCAUAGCCAGCUGGUCGAAAUUGCUAAGAAUGUCAACGCUCAUAACAUACUGGCAUCGGCCACAUACGCCGACCAGUUCGCAGAUGUUGCCCAAAGAGUCAUCGUGGUGAGCCAUGGAACAUUGGAGGACUUAAAGACUGCCCAGUUCGACGAGUCCAUUGUGUUAAGAACGUCUCCGGUGCAGCCUCAUAACGCUGCGUUCGUUGUGUUCACUUCGGGCUCAACGGGAAAACCUAUCGGCAUUGUUUUAGAGCACGAUGCCGUCGCUUCCAGCGUAAAGACGCACGGUAACGCGAUAAUGGUUGGAAAGAACUCACGAGUCAUUCAGUUUGCUGCUUACAUGUUUGAUGUUAGCAUUGAAGAUUUAUUUACAACUCUCAUGAGAGGCGGUACGGUUUAUGUCCCUUCGAAAUCGGAGAAAAUGAAUUACUUGACAGGUGCUUUGAAGAAGUACCGAGCUAAUUGGGCCUGCCUCACUCCUACUGUUGCUAGUAUGCUUACUCUAGAGGAUGUUGUUAACAUGAGCUUCAUUGCUCUUGGUGAUGAGGGAGUUCGCAAGGAGACCGUCGAAACUUUUGCGGACCAUACUUGGAGCCGUCAGCGAAAUCUCAUCAAAGGACCGCUUCUUGCCAGGCACUACCUUCACGAGCCCGAGCAUACCGCGGCCUCUUCUAUUGAGGAUCCUGCCUUUUUGAAGGGCAGCGGACAGUCUGGCCGCAGAACGUAUCUCAGCGGCGACUUGAGACGAUACAACUACGACGGGUCCGUCAGUUUUGUUCGCAGAAAAGAUGUCCAAGUCAAGAUCCGCGGUAACCGCAUUGAACUAGGCGAGAUUAGUUCAACCUAUGGAACGAUCCCUCGGUUCGACAUGCUCUAG